UGUAUAAUAAUCACCAGCACGCGUAUCUGCACGUCUGUAGCAAUCAACUUCAAAUUAUCUAAAGCAUCAGGAAUGCUGUCUUAUCUGCAUCGUUGAUUGUUUACCAUGUGGAAUUGGUAUCAUCUUAGGCAUAUAAAUAGUAUCGUCUGUCUUACAUCUGUUUACACACACAAACUUUGGCAAGGAACUAGUAACGAUCAAAAUGGCAGAAGAAAUUGAAUUCCCGUUCAAGGUUACCGAUGGAUAUCUCGGGCCACAGGCAAAGUUUUUCCCGUAUGGACUGGCGUGUUUGUCGCAUCCAGAACCAGUUCUAAUAUUGGACACUAACAAGUUAGAAAUUGUUAUUGGGACUUCCGAAAAGACCAGAUUUACUACAAAGUUUUUGCAAGUUGAACCGAAAAAAGAGUGUAGCCAAUAUGUGUUCACACAAAACCAAGGAUCGGAAUACCAUUUUACUAUUGCUGUUCCUCAUACUGGAUGGUACAAAUUCCAGAUCUUUGCUCUGCCGUCAUCUGAAGCCGGACCAAACAUGAUAAAUGUCUUCAACUACAUACUACACGUCCAACAAGCAAACCACUAUGUAGAGUCUUUCCCAAAACAGUAUCCUCUCUGGAAGCAGGAGGGAUGUUUCGUGUACGAGCCACAUAUGAUCUUGAAAGGAGUCAGAGAAGUCGGAGUGAAGUUUCGGUAUUUUAUUCCGAAGGCCGUUGAUGUCCAAAUUAAAGUGGGUGACGACUGGAAUCCUAUGGAAAAGGUUGAACCUGACAUUUAUGAAGCCUUUUUAGAUUUCAGCAAAGGUUAUCCAGCUGGAACUAAAGUGAAAUUAAAUGUAAAAUUUGGACGGAGCAGUAAAUAUGACAUUUUGUUGGAAUAUACAAUUUAGAGAACAUUUACAUUUUUUAUAUGCUUGUGUUUGUUUUUGGUAAGAUAUGUCACAAUGUAAAAUAAUUUAUUUUUAUUUAAUAGUUAAUUUAUAUAAAACAAAACUUUGUUUUCA